AUGACAACCUCAUUGGAGUUUGAUGAAGUAUAUCCAAUGACAUCUAUAACAACUCAGAUUGCUGCCUUAUCUAAUCAAGUGGAUGCCUUACCAAAUAAAAAUAGCCCAUCUAUCAUGGAAAGUGUUGAUGCUGCUGCAUCACAGUCUACGAUUGUCUUGAAUACGGAGCAAGCACAAUGUGUAUCUAAUGGAAAUUACAACUAUCAGAGUAACAAUAUGCCAAACUAUUAUCAUUCGCGAUUGAAUAAUCAUAAACACAUCUCUUAUGCCAACAACAAGAAUGUCCUGCAACCUCCUCCUGGUUUUAAUGCUCAACCACAAGCAGGGAAAAAGCAAUCUUUGAAAGAUAUAUUGGGGGGUGUGACUAAGGAGAAAAAGAUUCUUCAAAGGGUGGAUAAUAAGAUAAGAAGUGAGCCAGUGGUACAAAAAAUUGAAAAGGAUGAGACAGUAGCAAAGAAAAGUGUUAAUGAGAAAUCAACAAUGAAGAAAGAUAAUCUUCCUAUGUAUCAACCUCCAUUACCAUGUCCUCAAUGUUUCCAAAAGAAGAAACUAUAUGAGCAAUUUGCUAAGCUUUUAGAGAUAUUCAAGAAGAUUAACAUCAACAUCCCAUUUGUUGAUGCUCUUGAGAAAAUGCCCAAUUAUGUCAAGUUUAUGAAGGAGGUUUUAUCAAAGAAAAGAAAGUUUGAAAAUUAUGAGACUCUAAAGCAUACAAAGGAAUGUAGUGCCAUACUUCAGAAAAAUUUGCCACAAAAGCUAAGGGAUCAAGGAAACUUUACUAUACUUAGUAAGAUUGGGGGAUUUUCAUUUGAUAAGGCUUUGUGUGUUCUUGGCGAUAGUAUAAAUUUUAUGCCGUUAUCAAUUUUUAAGAAUUUAGGUCUUGGGGAGGUAAAGCCUACAACCAAUACAUUGCAACUUGUUGAUCGUUCUUUUACAUAUCCACGUGGAUUUCUAGAAGAUGUCUUAGUUAAAAUGGAUAAGUUUGUAUUUCCUGUUAAUUUUUUGGUGUUGGAUAUGGAGGAGGGCCAUGAGGUUCCAUUGAUUAUUGGUCGCCCUUUCUUAGUAACUCAUGGAGCUCUUAUUGAUGUACAAGCAGCUAAUUGGCCAAUAAUUGUGUAUACUGGCAAGAUGAAUGAAUCAUUUUCUCCAUUAGUGAGUGAAGAUAAAAAAGAUGAGAUGUGUGUAAAUCCUGUACAACAUGGUAGCGAGAAAAUUUCCUCAAAAGAGCAUAUACCAACUGUUAUGACUCAUUCCAAUGUUUACAAGGAGAAGACUAAAAAAGUUUGUGACAAGAAGAUGCCACCAAAAGAAUAUGUACUAGGACAACAAGUCUUGCUUGUCCACUCAUGUUUUAAGUCUUUACCAAGAAAGCUCAAAUCAAGGUGGAUGGAGCCUUUUACCAUUACAAAAGUUUUUCCUUGUGGUCUCAUCACUUUAAAAGGAGAGAAGGGGUCUAUCUUUCAAGUUCGUAAGCAUAAUCUGAAAAAUUAUCAUGAAAACAAUGAAGAUCAUGUGAAAGUAACUUUGCUUGGAAAACAAAGUUAA